AUGGCACGUUCAAAGAAAACAACAAUGAGGGAGAUUGAAGAUAUUUUAGAGAAUUGGAGCGAUGACGAAAAUCCGGUUCAGUGUGUCAACGUACUCCCACCCAAUGUACAUGAACUAUCCGAUGAAGAAUUAAUCGACGAGAAUACCAUCGCAAUUAAUGAAGAUCAAACUGCUUUGACUGAGAUUGCCGGCUAUUUGGAAAUUGAGAGAGAGCGAAACAUUCAUAUGGAUAUUGCUUAUGAAGAGGUUGUGGAAACUCAACCGGAGGCUUUGCCAUCAACUUCCAAAUCGGAUGCUGAAUCGACUGGUCCACCUCAAAAGAAACCGAGAGUCAGCUACAAGCCAGUGAGUUCAUUUGGAACUCCAAAAUGGUCCAGGAACAAAGGAAAGGAGGAGUUUCAUUACGAUAUAUCGCCUCAGGCAGCUCCGUUGACCGAUAUGCAGAAAGAUGUGUGUGAGUUACUAAAGGAUCUGUCACCAAUACAAUUAUUCUCAAAGUUUUAUGAUGGGGAGGUGUUGGAUUAUAUCAUAACUGAGACUAACCGAUUUGCGGCCCAGAACAACGCUGGUUUUCAUUUGGACGUGGUUAUAUUGAAAAGAUUUUUGGGGAUUUUACUGAUAUCGGGCUACCACACUUUGCCUUCAAUUGAGGAUUAUUGGUCUUCGCAGCUGUCAAUGGGAAUUGCAAUAGUACAACAGGCAAUGUCGAGAGCUACGUUCAUGCAUGUGAAGAGAUACAUCCAUUUUGCGAAUAAUGAUGAAUUAGAUGUUAAUGAUAAGAUGGCCAAGCAGAUGUGCCUUAUUUCGGCCGUCACAGUUGCAAAAUGUUUAUUCUGGGAAAGCCGAUUCGUUUUGGAUAUAAACUUUGGUGCCUCUGUUCGUCAACGGGCUAUUUGUUUAGUUUUAUACCAUACUGUGUCCGAUGAAUACAACAGAGAGCUUGGCCUUGGAACUGAUGUCGUUCUCCGUUUACUCAGCAACGUCGAAGCACCUAUGCGUCACGUGGUAUUUUUCGACAACUUCUUCACUUCCUAUCAUCUUCUGUGCCUGUUAUCAGCAAAGGGGUUCUGCGCCACUGGAACUGUUCGCUGCAAUCGUGUAGCUGGGGGUGCUAUAAAUAUGAAGACCGGUAAAGAUCUGCCUCGCGGCGCACGUGAUUAUAUGUACGAUUCUAAGAACCAGAUAACCCUUUGUCGCUGGCAAGAUAAUAAGGAGGUCACCAUUGCUACAAACCAUGAUCAGAUUCUGCCACUCUACCCUGUUCGGCGUUGGCAAAAGGCAACUAAAGCUUCUAAGAAGAGCCUGGGAGAAAAUGGGAAAUUUGUCAACGUGGAUCAACCUGCUGUGCUUCACAAUUAUAACAAAGGAAUGGGUGGCGUUGAUCUCCACGACAAUGCCAUUCAAAAUUAUCGAGUAAACAUAGGUGGAAAGAAAUGGUACUGGCCACUUUGGAUAAACACCCUAAAUUCUUCCACUGUGAAUGCAUGGAAAUUGCAUUGUUUGGUCGCGAAAUAUAAGAAUGAGAAGCCAAUGAGCCAAAAACAAUUCAAGUCGUCAGUCACUGAGUCUCUUUUGUUGACCGAUGAAAAAGAAGCAUUGGAGGUGGAUGAAGAUCUGGAGUUCCAAAGACCACGCAACUUACCAAAUGUG